AUGGCAGCAGCAGCGGCGGCGGCAGCGGGGCGCAGCGCGCCAUUGCGUGGCGUCGCGGAGCGUCGCCCUGCGUUCCGACGCCUGCCGCCGCCGCCGCAGCCGGCUCGUCCAGUUUCGUGCCGUUCCGUUCCGUUCCGGGCCGGGCAGAGCCCGCUGGCGUCGCCGUCGCUCGAUAUGACGCCGAGGCCCGGAGCGGCGGUGGCGGCGGCGGCGGCGGCGGCGGCGGCAGCGCGGGCGGGCGUGGGCGGAUCAAUACGGUACAGCAACAGCAGCAGACAGCAGCGGCUUCAGCAUCCAGUCAGCUGCAGCGACAAGAUUGGAAUGCAUCUUGGUUUUAAAAUGGUGUCUUGA